AUGAUUUGCUUAGCUGUCAUCGCGUCAGACCCUUCCACUGACGUAUCUGAAGAUGGCCACCAACAGUUGCAAAUAGAACUGUACCGAGAGAAGCUGGUACAAUGUCUGCUGAUGGGAGAGUAUACUCAAGGUGGUGACUAUGCGCUAGAGACUUUCAUGAAUUACGUCUACGUUGAAUUCCGGAUACACGAUGACGCGCAGAAGGAUAUUUGGUUCUUGCUGGGUCUCGAAGUCAACCUAGCCAAACGCAUGGGAUACCACAGAGAUCCCAAACACUUCCCCGAAAUUUCCCCGCUAAAGGCAGAGAUGAGGCGCCGGGUAUGGGCGACAGUCUUGCUCGGCGAUAUCUUGAUCUCAGGUCAGAUGGGAAUGCCCCGCAUGGUACGGGACGGCGAGUUCGACACAGCUGAGCCUCGAAAUUUGAACGAUGAAGACUUGAACGGAGAAACGACGAAUCUACCGCCGCCAAGGCCAGAGACGGAGCAUACAACAGCGAUGGGGAUCAUUGCUCGAAGGAGACUUCUGAUCGCCCUAGGGACGAUCUCCGACCUGACGGCAUCCCUGAGUCCAUGCAGUUACGCGGAAAUCAUGCGAGUCGACGGGACUCUUGAACAGGCAUACAUCAGCAUUCCUCCACCACUCCGCAUGAAACCGAUGGCGUCCAGCGUCACUGACCCUCCCCAAGUGAUUAUGGCCCGACUAUUCCUUCAUCACAUGUUUUGUAAGGGGAAAAUCAUGCUACAUCGUCGAUUUCUCUUCACAAAGUCUUCCACAGAGCAUGAAAACACAUACUCCUAUUCGAGGACAGCCUGUCUUGAUGCAGCUCUAGGAAUGCUGCACAUCCAACAAAUGCUGGACGAAGAAACAUGCCCCGGCGGCCAGCUUUUCAUGAUGCACUGGCGAGUAGGCUCCAUUAUGAAUCACCACUUCUUGACGGCCACCAUGGUUCUCUGCUCCCUAAUCCACGGAAGACAAACCCUGGGCCGAGAGGACGAGAUCGUGGCCGCUUUGAGAACUGCUCGCAGCAUAUGGAUGAGAAAAGCAGAGGGCUCGGUUGAAGCGAAGAAGGCUGCGCAAGCCGUCAGUAUCGUUCUUGCGCGAGCUGGAGGUCCGAGGUUUGAUGCUAUCCUCAUGGCUGAUCGGCCGAGCCAAACGACGUCCGAGUCUAUGAAACAUUCGGAAGAUGGAUUUCUUGAGGACUUUGUGGGAGAACAAGUCAUGCCUGAUGAGCAAAUGUUCUUGGUCGAGGCUUUCAUGUCAGAUGAAAUGGACAUUGGUGGGUACUAA